AUGUCUCAAGUCGAACUACCAAAUGGACAUUCAGAGGAUAAACCACUCGAAACGCCCGGUGCUGGACCUUCCAGAUUACCAUCUAUCGAUCUUUCGAAUGACGAGAUAGAGGAGAUAGAUGAAGAGGAACAAGAUAGACUGGACUUCCUGAAGAAACAAUCGGAUUAUCUGGAACUCGCACAAUCCGUCAAUUCAAGUGACCAGUUAUUAUCAUCACUUGCAUCAUAUCUAUCUACAUUCCAAAAUGAUCUAUCGGCUGUGUCAGGUCAAAUAUCAGAUUUACAAGGACGUAGCUCAGAGAUUGAAUCUCAAUUGAAGGGAAGGAAGACAAUAUUACCGCCUCUUAAUGCUUUAUUAUCAGAUAUAAUAAUACCACCAUCGUUAGUUUUGACAAUUAGGGAUACAUCACCAAAUUCGAAUCCAGAUCUAUGGUUAUCUUGUGUAAUCCAAUUAGAUGAGAAGAUCACUUUAAUCACAGAGUCAAGCAAAUCAAAGUCAAAGUCAAAUUCAAAUUCAAGUUCAAAAGUAAAAGCCAAAGCCAUAGAUGAGUUAACUCCAAUAAUAGAAGGAUUAAAACUCAGGAUAUUCAACGUACUACCCAAUUUCCUGUUAGGACUUAUAAGACCACUCAAAUCUUCUUCAAAAGGAUUAUCAACUAAUCUAGCUGUAUUACAGACAUCUAUCUUAUUGAAAUAUCAACCUUUUUAUUCUUUUUUAUUGAAACAUUCUUCUAAUAAUAACAAUGGCGGUUUAGCUAAACAAGUAGAAAGAGGUUAUGUAAAUGCUUCAAGGUCAUAUUACGAAACUGCUAUAAGAAGAUAUACGAGAUCUUUACAAUCGAUCAAAUAUAGAAUCGUAGAUAAACAAGAUUUAAUUGGUUCGUCCACAUCUUCAUCUGAAAAUACUCAAGCGAUUUUGAACAAUAACGGUAAUAGUAAUGUCAAUGAGAAUAAACAAGAUAAAUUGAUUUAUAAGGAUUUAGAUGCGGAAGGUGAACAAGGUGCAGUCGUUCUGGCAUAUAUGGCUGAUGAUAAGGAUUUCCGUGCUCCCGUCGAAGCACUGUUUCGAUCUGUCGCACUUGUACUGCUAGAUAACGCUUCAUCGGAAUUCACAUUCAUCGUUCGAUUUUUUGGUCGAUCAUUACAGUCUUCCCUUCCUCCCCCUGCUGGUCCUUCUUCUAGUAUACGAUCACCCCUCAACACACCGAUGGAUUCACCUAAUCCUUCAUUCAACGAUAUGAUGUCUGAUGCAGGCAAAAGUACGACCCCUAUCUCUCAUCAACAAUCAAAACGGAAAGGCGUCAAUGAGAUGACUGAAAAUCUCAAAGAUUCAGAAAGGAUCUGGCAUGAAAUAUUUGAUUCUUCGUUAGAAUACACGACUUCAUUCUUUCAAAGUAUCAUUUCAUCAACUCCACCACCAUCGGCAAUAUCACUUCUAACGAUGAUCCGAUUAAACGAUAAUCUGUUGAGUGUAGCUGAUUCAAGAGGUUGUUUACCACUUAUAUCCUAUUUGACCGGAUGGAAAUUAUCUUUAUGGCCAGUAUAUAGGAAAGAGAUGGAUAAUCAUAUAGAUUCCCUGAAGAAGUUGGCGGAUGACGCAGAAGGUAAAGGACUAGCUUCAUUUAUUGGAAAAUCAAUCAAAGAUGGUCAAGUAAGACAAGUAUCCAAGAAGUAUGGUGAAAUGUUCAGUUGUGUUGUUGCUCUUAGUCAACAAGCAGAGGAAGCAAUGAUGUUUUCGAGCAUGACAAGACUCCGCAACGAGUUGAUACGAUUAUUGACAGCUCAAUCGGGUAAAAUAAAAUCAUUACCUGAGAAACAUUCAUUCCUAUCAUCGAUAUAUGAGAUCAUCAUGUACGAACUGGUGUCUGGACCUGGACAAACCACUCAUCCUAAAUUACAAAGUGAAUUGUCAUAUUUCAGGACCAGAGAAGAAGAAGCUAGAAGAAGGAUAUCUGCUUGA